AUGACAUUCCACGAACGUACUACAAUUUUACUUGACUGCCACCCCGAUACCCAGUCUCCUUGCGUUCCUGAACUUGAAGAUUCCUUAGUGGUACCACCCUGUCCUUUAUGGUCAUGUUUCGUAGAGGCGACAAUAGAAUAUUGUCGUGUCGUGUUCGAUUUAUUUGACACAAGCAAUAGUACACGUCCUGUGUCCGUUCACAUCGCAGGUGUACCGUUGGAACGUAGUAUACUAAACACAUGGCAAGAACAAAAUUUAAAACAGAUUGCCGACAAUUUUACUUUUAUAUCACCAACCUCUGUCUCACCUUCACCUGCGCGACUAUCGCACGCAUUGGAAAGUUCUUUAAAAGCUUUGAAUCACUCAAAAUCCGACGAAAAAUUUAAUGCAAGGUUCAUAUUGAUUUUGAUGGGAAAAGGCGAUGAACAACAAUUCAG